UCUGUUCAGAAAUCCAGGUAACAAGAAGCAUUUGGCCACACAGUUUUGGCCAGGACAUCAGAGGCAUCAGAACAGGUGAAUAAAAAAGAUGCUAAUGUUUGACCCAGUCCCUAUCAAGCAAGAAGCCAUGGAGCCUGUUUCAGUGUCAUACCCAUCCAAUUACAUGGACCAAAUGAAGCCAAACAAAUACAGCGUCAUUUAUUCUACACCGAGUAUGUUGCACAAUAAAUUCUACUCAAACCCCGAAGGACUAUCAAAUGGAAUCCAGAUGGAGCCAGUAGACCUUACAGUGAACAAACGGAGCUCACCACCUUCAACUGGAAGUUCUCCUUCGCCCCUAAAAUUUCAGACUGUGCAUAGGAGAACUUCACCUGGAUUGACUCUGUCCUCACCCAGCUCACCUCUCAGUAAAUUCACACCGUCACCCCCAGGAGUACAGCCUAUCUCCAUGCCAAUAACAAUCCCACCUGUAAUGGCCGCUGCUCUUUCACGCCACGGACUGAGAAGCCCUGGAAUACUCCCAGUUAUACAGCCUGUUGUGGUCCAGCCAGUUCCUUUUAUGUAUGCUCCCCAUCUUCAGCAGCCCAUCAUGGUGUCCACAGUUCUUGCAGAUGAGAUGGAAACACCAAGUAGCAUGCAAGUGCCUGUCAUUGAGUCUUACGAGAAGCCUGCACUGAAGAAAACAAUCAAAGUAGAGCCAGGAAGUGAACCAUCGAAGACUGAUUUCUAUCCUGAACAAAUGUCACCUCCAGUGAUGACCUCAUUGUCUCCCCAGCAAGUAAUGUUGCAAGAGAAUCACCCUUCAGUUAUAGUUCAGCCAGGAAAAAGACCUUUACCUGUGGAAUCUCCGGACACGCAAAGAAAACGCAGAAUACAUCGUUGUGAUUAUGAAGGUUGCAACAAAGUCUACACUAAAAGCUCCCAUCUGAAAGCUCACAGAAGAACCCAUACAGGUGAAAAACCAUACAAAUGCACUUGGGAGGGAUGCACGUGGAAGUUUGCUCGUUCUGAUGAACUAACGCGGCAUUUCCGCAAGCAUACAGGAAUCAAACCUUUUCAGUGCCCAGACUGUGACCGUAGCUUUUCACGUUCGGACCAUCUUGCUCUUCACAGAAAACGCCACAUGCUAGUCUGAAUGUCUUCUGUCCCUGACUCCUGUCACACUUCUUUUUUUUUUUUUUUCACACAUGCAUUUUAAUUUGGAUUCAGCUGGUCUGAAUCUCUUGAGUUUAUACCAUUAAAAGCUUACAUAUGGUCAGUAACAGAUGUUAUCUAACCCUUCUAUGUCCUUGCCACGGGUCAGACCUAAAGAAUGUGAACACUUUGUUUUUUUUCUCCUGGGGAUGCUAAGCAAACCCUUUCUGCAGACAGUAUGUUUAAUGUAUUCCAUUGUGAAUAAGGGAAUUUGUAAACUAACAGCUUUUGUUGGUUUCUUCAUAUAAUCAAUCCAGCAUAUACUGAUAAAGUAGUAAAUGUUAUUUGAAUAUCCAAAA